AUUCUUUCCAGACUACCAUCACAAGAAGAAUGAGUCGAUAUCUAGCAAGACAAGCUCAUUCUGGCUUCAGAUUUCGAAACAAAGCAGCAUUGUCCGGUCUAAAUCUAAAUAUCUCAUUUCGUCCUCUGUCUAUAUCGAUUUCCCUUCCAAGCAAAGAAAGAGAAGAUUCUCAAAAAGUGGAAGAAUGGGCAUCAAAAGAAGCAAUAGACGCUUUGAAAGGGUUCAAGAAACGUUUUGACAGCUCAAAAGACAAGCCAGUAUCGACAUAUUAUCAUAAAUUAGAUGCUAAUCAAAUUCAUCUUUUACGUAUUACGGAAGCGAAUAUACUUCCUUUAGGUUUAAGUAAUGGUAAAAAGGCAGAAGGACAAAGCGGAUUAGAAUAUGAAGCUCAAUUACGUCAAAAUGAAGAAGAUGUCUUAGUCGGUCAUCAGGCCGAAUCAAGCGGGAUAUUGGCAAAUGGAAUACCACAUAGAUCUUUGAUAAGGCCAACGGAACAUCUCGCAUUCUUUACACCUCGUGUUUCAUCUUCUUCUUUGGGCUCUGAUGGAUCAGAUACGACUUUUAAUCCUCCAGGAGGUGUAUUCACUCGAAGAAUGUGGGCUGGCGGCAAGAUGGAAUGGUUAAGUAGAAGUCGAAAGAAUACAGAAGCAAUGCGAGUUGGUGAUCAAUUAUGGGAACGUACAUUCGUUGAAGAAGCAGAAUUGAAAAAGUUAUCAAACGGAGGAGAAAUGUUGUUGGUUUGGGUACGCAAAGAGUUUGGCCUUCUUAACGAAAAUCCAAUAAUGAUCGAUAGAAGAUCUUGGAUCUUUCAACGUGCUCUACCAACUUCGACUGCUGAACCACAAAUGAGUCCUGCAAUCACACCUAAACCCGAUUUGUCCUCCUUGAGCCCACCAGAAGGUUUACUUUAUCCUACACUGCUAUAUCAAACACCUGCAAACCUAUUCAGAUAUUCUGCCCUCACUUUCAACGCACAUGCCAUUCAUCUUUCUCCUCCUUGGGCUCAACAGGUAGAAGGGCACCAAGGUAUUGUGGUUCAUGGACCUCUAAACCUAAGUUUAUUGGUUCGUAAAUGGGGAAGAGAUAUUGCAGGUUGGCAUUUGAACGAAAGGGGUGAAUUUAUUGACGGGCCUAAAGGAGGCAAAACGCAUAACAUCGUAAGCGUUAAAUAUCGAGCAAAAAGACCAAUUUAUGCUGAACAGCCAUAUUGGAUCGGCAUUGACGGAUCUGUAGCAAAAGAAACUUCUAGGACCAACAAAGAGAAGCAUACUAUUCUAGCUGUAAAGCCUGAUGGCGAGGUUAUUAUGGAAGCGACAAUCGUAUCUUGGAUAUAAAAGCAUCAAUUGUAAGCAAUAAAUCAAUGAUAAUUCAUGUAUUAUGUACGACAUCGACCGAUUUUUCUGAUAUUGUACAUACAUUUGUGUGAUGCAAAGA